AUGUUCCGAGCUCAGCAGAACGCUUUCGACGAGGUCGUCGCCAAGGCGACUGACGAGAAUCUCACGUCGGAAAACUGGGAAUACAUACUUGAUGUCUGCGACAAGGUGCAAGGCAGCGAUUCAGGACCGAAAGAUGUUGUUGCUGCCAUGAUCAAGCGGCUCGCGCAUCGCAAUGCGAAUGUGCAGCUCUACACCCUCGAGCUGGCCAAUGCCUUGUCGCAGAAUUGCGGAGCGAAGAUGCACAGAGAGCUUGCUUCGAGAAGUUUCACAGAUGCCCUGAUAAGGUUGGCAGGUGAUCGGACUACACACCAACAAGUCAAGUCAAAGAUUGCAGAACGAAUAGCAGAAUGGGCUAAAAUGUUCUCGAAUAACACCGAGCUGGGGAUCAUGGAGCAAGCAUAUGUGAAGCUCAAGUCACAGAAUCCAAAUCUACAGCCCCCUCAGGCACCUACCAAAAGACAGAUCACAGACCUUGAUCGACAGAAGGAAGAAGAAGAGCUCCAGAUGGCGCUAAAGCUAUCAAUACAAGAUAAACCUGAACCAGCAGGACCAGCAGCCAGGAAAUCAGGCGCUGUCGAGCUCUCGGGGCAAUCGGGCAUAACGCCGCAGCAGGAAGCGCCCUCCCAGCCCGUUCCAUCUGGUUCUACAGCAGCCACAGUAUCCCGUGUGCGCGCUUUAUUUGACUUCCAACCAUCAGAGCCAGGAGAAUUACAAUUUCGGAAAGGAGAUGUAAUAGCAGUGCUGGAAUCAGUAUACAAGGAUUGGUGGAAGGGAUCGUUGCGAGGACAAACUGGAAUCUUUCCUCUGAACUAUGUCGAGAAGCUUGCCGACCCGACACAACAAGAGCUUCAGAAGGAGGCGCAGAUGGAGGCCGAAGUGUUUGGCGAGAUCAAGAAUGUGGAAAAGCUGCUGGCGCUGCUCAGUACCAGCAGCGGCGAAAUCAAUGUCCGUGACAAUGAGGAGAUUACUGGACUGUAUCAUCAGACUCUUGCAAUCCGACCUAAGCUUAUUGAACUCAUUGGGAAGUAUACACAAAAGAAGGACGAUUUCCAGCAACUGAACGAGAAGUUUAUAAAAGCACGCAGGGACUACGAGGCACUUUUGGAACAGUCCAUGGCUCAGCCUCAGCAGGUCCCCUAUGGACGGCCAGUUCAACAACCAUAUGGCUAUGGAGGAGGGCCACCUCAGGGAUUUGCUCCACAACGAUUCUAUAGCCCGCAACCAGAUUCACAACCACCCAACGCCCCAACGCCGUUCCAAUACCCACCUCAACAGUCUCAGCAGUCUCAUCCUCCCUAUCCCAUAGCCUCUCCUCCACCCCAAAACCAUGCACCAUCCGGACCAAGGCCGCCCCAAUCAACGUCCGUGCCGCCAUCCGACCAAUAUCCACAGCCCCCCACCUCAUCAAUGUAUCCACAAUCCCUUCAAUCUGGUCCCCGACCUCCUCACCAAACACCAACCCCAUACGACCAACAACCCGCACCCCCUCAAACCUCCCAUCCGUACUCACCACAAGAACUCGGCUCAAGCGCCUACGAUAGUCCCACAGGCCCAAAUCGCCAAUCCUACCCCGCAGCCGGCGGCAUCCAGAACCUGCAUCAACAACACGCACAAGACCCAUCAUCGGAUUACUCACCGUCCAUCUACUCACCUGAAGAUGGCCAGCAGCAGCCGCAACAACAACAGUCACAACAGCAGCAGCAGGGAUACGCACCGCUACCUUCACAGCAGAGACAACAACAGCACCAACAGCCAGAGAAUCUGUCGUAUGCGCCACCAACCCAUCAGCCACCACCGAUACCGCAAGGUAUGCCGCCAGCGCCCGGGAUGCUGGGCGGAGGCUAUGGAUAUCCACCACAGCAGCAACCGCAGAGACCACAGAGUUUUAUACAGCAGGGCAGCGUCGGUGCCGGUGGUGGUGGGGCAGAUGCGGCAAGCUUCUACCGGUGA